CCCAGAUCGUGCGUAGUAGUUGCUGCAUUCGGCCGCAGUGCUCUCAAAAUAGAAAAUUACGAAUAUGGAAUUAAAAGGAAAGGUCGCUUUGAUAACGGGGGCCGCUGCCGGUAUCGGUCUUGCAUACAGCGAAGAAUUACUCAAACAAGGCGCUAAGGUUUCAUUAUGCGAUAUAGAUUCUGAAAUAGGUGAGCAAGUAGCCGACGAGCUCGGUGUAAAGUAUGGACGAAAAAACGUUUUGUUCUGCCAGUGCGAUGUUACCGAUUAUCCUCAAUACGAAGAGGCCUUCGAGAUGACAAUAAAAGUAUUUAACCGAUUAGACAUAGUGAUCAAUAAUGCUGGUGUCAUGAACGAUAGAUUUUGGGAGCUGGAAGUCGAUGUUAACUUGAACGGUGUGAUUCGCGGCACCUUACUUGCUUACCGAUUCAUGGGUAAGGACCGCGGUGGUCAAGGUGGUACCAUAAUCAACACUGCGUCAACCGCGUUUGCACGACCUCAAGUGUCUACGCCCAUUUACACAGCAACCAACUAUGCAGUUGUUGGAUUAACUCGGGCUUACGGAGAUCAGUACCACGUUAAUUUGACUGGCGUGAGGAGUAUUGUGCUUUGCCCCGGUCUCACGGAUACGGGCCUCGUGAAGGAGAUCCGUAAACAACUCAUGUCGUCUGAAUACGAAGCAGCCUGGCAGCGGGAUAAUGCCAACUGCAAGACACAAAGCACGGAACACGUUGGGAGGACCCUAAUUGAAGUGUUGACGAAAGCUCAGAGUGGCACCGUGUGGAUCGUGGAGAAUGGGCAGCCAGCUCGGGAGUGGCGCGGUUAAACACGGUUUACAACACACUAAAGGUGGCCAUACACGGGACAA